GGUUUGUCUAACUUCACUCUCAGUGGGCGUCUUCGGUGUCGGUCGCAGUGACAGUCGCGACGCGUCUUUCAUGUGUUCAUUAAAAGGCCUCAGAUCUCAGAUAUUAUCGGAUACUCGUCGGCGAUUCUUACUUCGGCGAGUCUCGUUUUCUAAGGAUCAAUAUCGUCCCUUCACGCCUUGGGCUUCGUAUACUCUUUUGCCUAACGAUAUUUCCGCGGUUGUGACCUUCGCGUUCGGCUGUGGAGAUCUCGUUCCAUCCAUGUCGCAGGCUUGCUAUGCAGGACCAGUGGCGAGGCAUGGAAAUGGAAAUAUCGGGGUGUACGUAGGAUUUUGCGGAGGGGGCUUAGUAUCACAUACGCGUUGGCAAGGGGUCCCAAAAAUUGUGGUAUACGAAGAUGAGUAAAUCAGAUACCUAACAAUAGUCGUUUAUUAAAGCAAAUAGCAUGCAUGUACAGUGUACACGAAGUGUUCUGUGACGUCGAAGAGACAAUAUAGUUUAAAAAUAGAAUGCUGAAUGGUUUACAAUGGACAUGUCAUGUGCACCCGUAAAUUCUGACCCCCCUCAUGUGGUAUGCAGAGAUAUGUUCACUGAACCAUGCUGCGUCAUUCCCGAUUUGAAGCGGGAACGACACAGAUCCGAGUCGAGAAGUUCGAUUGAUCAAUUAAAGAUCAUGCUGUUUUGAUGUGCCAGUAUGUAUAAUCC